CCCUUUUCUCAAAAAGGGACAGCCCAAAAAAAGAUAUGGAAAAACGACAACCCACUUGUUACGCUGUCUUUUUCCAAAAACGAGGUGUUCGAUUAUUCUCGGAGGCGUUUGCGUGCGCGCGCCAGCGCGCGCGAACGAUUUUUGAAUUCUUGCAGUUCGCGCCGCUUCUCUCUCGCACAAGCGCACAAGCUACAUCAGCACACCACGCGUAUCCACACCGCACACACACCACGAGCCACCGCAUACCAUGGAUGUCAUGAAACUAGACAACGUUCAACCUCUCCCGCUGGAGUUCAACGGGUAUGUCGAGGGCACGUUGGAGUUGCUCCUGGGCGGCAAGGGCCUCUCGCAGAUCAAGCUUCUCAAGCACCUCCAGAACGUGUGCAUCGUGUACGCUUGCUUGGCGGUCAAGCGGAACGCCGGGAUCGUCUCCACGGAGGCUAAGUACAAGGCAGCGGCCAAGGGCUACAAGGACAUCGCUGUCCCAGGAUUCUUCAAGUGGCUCAAGGAAAACGGCAUAGUGAUCAAGCAGGCGUGGCUGACGUUCGAGGUCAUGGGCAGAACAAGUCUGAACGGAGGUAAGAAAACAAACGCUUCGCGACACACCGUGAGACACAACCGACCGCCGCGACAGAGAGAGGCAGGUUUCGAAUGCGUAUCCGACCCUCUGCGCCGCUAUGGUCUGCUGUUCAACACGAUAUGCGUAACGCCGGAUGCAGGGUGUUUGUGUUUGGUCCGCUCAGCGCAAAUACAUAUUUUCAAAGUUGUCACGUGUGUUGACAGGGCAGACAGGCCAUCACGGUGCGCUGCCUUGACAGAGUCGUGA